AGUGUGAAUUCAACACUUGAACGCUGCACAUCGGUUUCACGUUAUUUGCUCGUGUCGCGUCGUGGAUUUGUUUGGCGCAUUUCACGUGAUAAAUCGGCGGCCAAGCUCUAUAGAACCGUGUUAUCAACACUACAGUUUCGGGCGGGCGCGUAGAUUUCCGUCGUCGACGUGGUAGAUAAACAACCUGUGUGUCACAAUAACAGAUUCCUCGGAGGAGGAGGAGUGACACAUUUUAUUCUGGGGCGCAGCUGAAAAUUGGAUUGCAACUUGUUUGGAUACCUCGGUUGAAGUGAGGCUUUGGAGGAAGAUAGCGCGGUGCCAAGUGUUCAAAAGCAACAGUCAGUGCCUAACAGAAGGGUGGCUUUCGACAAAGUGUACGUUGGUUUUGAUAUAUUUUUCUAUUUAACGUAAUCUUAUCGGAGUUUGUACACGCACACGAUUCGAUUGGGAAAGUGCUUUGAGUAGAGUGGUUAUCAGUGUGGAAAUAUACCAUCUGUUGUAGGCUUUUUUCUGCUGACCCAAGGAAGGCGGUGCAUUAGGAAAUAAUUCGAACGGAGUUUCGUGUACAACUUGAUGGAUCUAUUUUAAUGCAUAUCAGGUUUAAAAAUAACAGGAUUUUAAGGAUCGAGCAUUCGUCGGAGAAAUUUUACACGUGGCGCUGGCUGUCUGUGUGCACCAGGUGAAACGAUACUGCACGGCUAAUGAACUCCACAUUCUGCUUCUGCCGCCACUACUGCUGGGCUUCUUCGAUACGCAACCAUUAACAGCCGGCUAGUAGUAAACUACUUACCUUCAUACAACAGCAACGAAUGCUUCGUGUCUCGGAAGCAUGGCGCGGUGAAAGGUGCGAACAGUUAUUUUUAGUGUUUUAGCUAGGCAUUUCGAAAACGGUUUGUUUUACGGCGAGGGUGGAGUAACGAUUGUGCCAAAAUCUUAGAAGUAUCCAUGAGUAGAGAAGCCUUUUAGUGUGUAGUUCUGUAGAAGCAUAGACAUGACGUACAAGUUUUCCGAAACGAUACGGCUGCUGGCCGUGACUGGUUGCGUUCUAGUAGCCGGCUCUCUAGCGACAACAGUUCAACAGUCCUCAAAUGGGGACCCAACGGCUCUCACCGUUCAAGCCCAAUCCUGCUGCCGGGAUACCGACGUAUUGUCCACUGUCCACCGAGAAUGCUUCAACCACUCGGGUAACAGUUCUUACCCGCUGCAGCUGAACUGCAGCCAGUACUACAUCAUCUACCAGGAGGUGGAAACGGAGGUGCAUGUCGACGCCAAGGGAAAACUGGUGGAAAAUGACUACGAAGUCGACUGGGAAAGAUACUGUUCGGGAACUCUGGUCGAAGCCACCGAAAAUCAGCCUGUGUUUCUCGUGUGCUUCAGCCCGGAAGAUCAGCAACCGAACGUGUCGUUGUUCUUCAGCAAAGGCAUCAUGAUGCUGAUUUCGGUGUUCUUCCUGGCGGCCACCCUGUACAUCUACUUUAUAAUUCCGGACCUCCGGGAGACGCAGGAUAAGGUCACUUCGAUAGCGGUGGCCUGUCUGAUGGUGUUUAUGAUACUGCUUAGCAUGGUGCAGCUUCAGGCUUCGCUUACCUUCCAUCCGGUUCUGUGCAUGACGAUGGCCUUCCUGAUGUACUUCUUCAUGAUCAGCUACUUCGCCUGGCUGAACACGGUGAUGGCCAACGUCUGGAAGUUGACAGUCGCACGGCGGUGGAAAAUCCGAGAGAAGGCAUGGUACGUCCUGAACCACAUCUACGCACACACGGUGGCGCUCACCUUGACGGUCAUGGUCUACAUCUACCACAUGCGGAAUCCGACGUUCGGAGAAAUAUCCUGCUGGUUCCGGACGGAACGAGAGCAGUCCUACUUCGUCUAUCUGCCAUUGAGUGUCAUGCUUAGUAUCAACAUUUUCCUUUUCGUGUGGACCAGCUAUCAUCUGCAUGCCAGCGGCGAUGACAUUAGCCCGGAUCGAAAGAAAGCACUCCGAUACAAAUGCAUGCUCUACUUGAAGCUAUUCCUGCUGGCUGGGCUUAUUUGGAUUUUCGAAAUCAUCUCUUUCCACGUGGAAGACGGACGCCUCCAUCGGUCCUGGUUCUGGUUUUUGAUAGAUUCCAUCAACUGCCUGCACGGGGUGCUGAUAUUCUUCGUGCUGAUCGUGUGGCGGCAACGCAUCAAGCGGGAACUAUCCGGACGUAAAGUGCUCUGCUUCCGAUGUCCGGCCAGUUGGGCACAGCUCAAAGAUGACGAACAGGAACAACUGGCGGAAGAAGGUCGGGACUAUGGAAAGUAUGACUUGAUCAUCAAGUGAAGGGAACAAUAAUACCAGAGGUGGAACCGGAUUGAGGUUUCCCCGAAGGCAACGAGUGGCAGCAUAACCGUCUAGCAACUAAGCGUAACAACAGAAGAUUAACAACAAGCUUAACAUGCGAACAGUGACUUACGAGAAGGUACUUCAUCAAUUUAAGGAUUAGUUAGAUGUUUAAUCAGUACGUAGCAGAUACUGUAAGAAAAUAGCUGUUAAAAGUUUGUAGGAUAGCGAUCAUUAGCUUCCAAGCUUUACUGUCAUAUUGUUGAUAAUCAGCAGAAUCGCAUUAGGUUAAGUUGAAGUCUAAGAGAAUGUUUAAUAAACACAGUGAAAUCAAAUGUUGAACUAACACAAA